AUGAAGAUCACGCUCUCGACGCUUUUGGCGCUUGCCGCGAUGGCGAUGGCCGACUCGACGCCUGCCGCCAAGGACAAGCCAGCCGAAGCCGCGCUUCCCAAGGGUGCUGCACCCAUGUCCCGUGACGCAGUCAUGGAAAUGGACUACGAAGACUACCGCGGACAUCCCGACAUGAUGGACGAACACUGGCACGGACACGCCCACUUGCAGUGGGGUUAA